AGGGCGGCCACCUCGGCCCACGGCCUCUCGGACCUGUCCUCCGCCGCCCUCCCCUCUCUGCUUUGAACCUGGGCUCAGGGAUUGAAGGGUGGGAUGGAGGGAGGAAAGGCUGAGAUAACCAAAGUCGACUCUUGGGCCCCCAAUCCACUCCUCCCUGCAGCUGAAGAGACGAAGAUCGGCUUGCAACCGCCCCAACUGCCCCCGGUGGCCUCGGGAGAAGGUCCCGACUUCUAAACUGGGCUCAAAAGGCGGUGCAUUGGACCACACCGACCUUUGUCCCUACCCCACCCCCAUGACUCUAAACUCAGCCACUUGACCUGCUCCCUUGCCUGCGGCUUUUGCACAGGCUCUCCUCUUCUCCAGACUGGACAGGUGCGUGAUCUUAUCAUCAAAGGAGCAGAGUGAGGUGGCUGCUGCUCUCCCCAUUUUGUAGAUGAGAAGACUGAGGCUCCAGUUACACUAACUCCCAGUGGCGUUGCAGAAGGAACCAUAGCUUGGUCUUAGAGCAGCCUGAUAAGGUUUCUCCUGCCCUCUGAGUAGCACUUCCACCCUCACCCUUGGAGAAUGGAGGUCUUGGUGUAGGAAGCACAGAAAAAGGGCUGCUAAGUAACAGGCCAGGGGAAAUGGUGUCCUGCUAGAGGGAGAACUGGUGGAUGUAUCUCGGCACAGCAUCUUGGAUGCCCACGGCAGGAAGGAGCGCUACUAUGUGUUGUAUGUCCAGCCCAGUCGCAUCCAUCGCCGCAAAUUCGACCCCAAGGGAAAUGAAAUUGAGCCCAACUUCAGCGCUACCAGGAAAGUGAACACAGGCUUCCUCAUGUCAUCCUACAAGGUGGAAGCCAAGGGGGACACUGACAGGCUUACUACCGAGGCGCUGAAGGGGCUGGUCAAUAAGCCAGAGCUGCUUGCACUGACAGAGAGCCUCACUCCGGACCAUACUGUGGCAUUCUGGAUGCCUGAGACAGAGACGGAGGCAAUGGAGCUUGAGUUAGGGGCCGGGGUACGGCUGAAAACUCGGGGCGACGGCCCCUUCCUUGAUUCGUUAGCCAAACUUGAGGCAGGAACAGUGACCAAGUGUAAUUUCGCUGGUGAUGGAAAGACAGGUGUGUCCUGGACAGACAACAUCAUGGCCCAAAAGUCUUCAGAAGGGGCCGAAGUGGAGACCCGAGAGCAGGGAGACGGGGCAGAGGACGAGGAGUGGGAUGACUGAGGUUAGUGGGAGAUGGAGCACCGCCAGGGCCCAUCAGCACCUUCUAUGGCACUGUUGAGAGUUUCUUCCAUCGACUUCCACUCUGGAGCUCGAGAUAGAGAGCAGUCCAUAAGCCUUACCUGAUUCUUCCUACUGCCAUCUUGGAACACCCUUUGAACAAGCUCUGCUAAAGUCAAAUCCAAGACCAAGACAUUGGUGGUGGAGCCCCAUGCUGUGGCUCAUGGAGGGGCCCUCCGUGGAUGUCAGUGUAGCCUUCCUAGACUUUUUCACAGUGGCCCUCGCCCUGGUGACAGCCUUGUUUUUAGAGGUAGGCAGUGGAUGAGUCCCCCAGGGCAGUCUGAGAUGAACUGGCUUGGUCUUGGUGCAGAGUUGGGGACCAUCCCUCAUCUGAAUGGAGAGUGGCCAAGAGGGAAGGUACUAGGAGCACCUUCCUCUGUGCAUGUUUUGCUUCCUGUGUUCCUUCCACAUUCCCACUCUCUCCCAGCCCCCACACUCUGUAUUGCAGCCUCUUCUCUCCUUCUUCCAGCCUCCUUGUCCCCUAUACCUUUCCCUUCCUCCUGGAAGUUCUGUAUUCCUCCACUGAUUCCAUGCCACCAUGGAGUUUCCUGUCUUCUGCCCUCCCUGGCUGGUUCCUGGUGGGUGCUGUUCUUGGGGAAGCCGACAGUAUUCACUGGUGUGGCUUCCUGGUCCUCACCUCUCAGACUCUACCAUGCUACAUUUUUAACACCUUUUGUGUGGUGGUUUUGUACCUUGAGAACUUUUUAUGAAUGAGUAAAUUUUCAGAAAAGAAUUCUUCCACAUUGACUGGAUUAUUGUCAGGCAUAAAUGGUCUCCCAGCUGAGCAACAUCCGUAUUGGAAGGACGCCAUUUCUCUUUGGUCAUGAACUUUGCCUUGCUAGCCAAUGUGUCCAAACCCAAGUCUGCAAAGAGAUCUGGAGUUGAAAUGUACAUGUUCUAAGAAUGGGUAAGGACUUAAUGGCAUGUGGAUGGAUCCUGCUUGACUUGGGGAAAGGAGGCGGGGUGAUGGUGAACUAACAAUUAUUGAGUCCCUAAUGAGUCAAGGAGUCCCUGAGUGGUGCAAACAGUUAACGUGCUUGGCUGCUAACUGAAAGGCUGGAAGUUCGAGUCCACGCAGAUGCUCCUUGGAAGACAGCCUGGCAAUCUACUUCUGAAAAAUCGGUCAUUGAAAACCCGAUGGAGCACAGUUUUAACACACAUGAGGUUGCCAUGAGUCAGAAUCGACCAGAUUGCAACUGGUAAACUGGUAAUGUGUCAAACACUGUGCUAGAUGCUUUCUGUGAUAACAGCUAUAGCCACCAACUAUGAGUGCUUCCUGUGUGCUAGUACUGUGCUAAGCACUUGGAUUACUUAUUUAAUCUUCACAGCAGUCCCGUGAAGUACAUAUGAUCAUUAUCCCCAUUUUUUCAUAUGAGACUGAAGCUCAGAGGCUUCAUAGCUAGUAUGUAGAGAAGAGAAUUUAAAUCCAAGCCGUCAGAUUUCAGUGCCAGCAGUAAUUAUCGGGACACCCUGGUGGCACAGUGGUUAAGGAUCUGGCAGCUAACCAAAAGGUCGGCAGCUCGGAUCCACCAGCUGUUCAUUGGAAACCCUAUGGGGCAGUUCUACUCUGUCCUAUCGGGUUGCUUUGAGUCGGAAUUGACUCAGUGGCAACAGGUUUGGGGUUUUUCCUUUUUUGGUUUUAUUCUGAUUCCAUAUACAUAUUACAGAGGAGGAAAGAGUCCUCAGAGAGGUUAAACAGCUUGCCUAGAGUCACACAGCUACUAAGUGGCAGAGCCAGGAUUCAAAUCCAAAGCUGUGUGAAAUAAAGCUUAUGCUCCUUCCACUGCCCUCUGCUUCCUUGGCCUACAGAAGGGCCUUGGACAUAGGGGCCAGAGGGAGUCCAGGCUUUGUGAAGCAGAGUGAUAUUCCCAGACUCCAGGGGACUUGCUCAGACCCUUGACUACUGAUCUUUCCAGGUUGGAACUGGCUCUAUUGCUAUCAACGGUUGAAUAAUUAAUAUUGCGUGUCCGGGUAUAUUAUCAUAGUUCAAAUGUUUGUUUAUUCCCUGGCUCUAUGGCUGUGGAGGCUUGGGGUUCACACUUCAGUUGGGCCACUUGAAGUAACAGGUCAAUAAAACAAGCUUCUUUUCUCAUUGCCUUUUUCAUAGUCCAUAUCCUCACAAUCUCUCACCUCAGUUAUUGUAGUAGCUACCUCACUGGCGUCCUGUAUCUGACAGCAUGCUAGGACCUCAGUCAUGGGAGUGGUCAGAGAGGUGGCUGAGCAAGAGGAAGGCUGUGGACACUGACGAAUGGAGGCACCCAGUGGAGGCAUCUUGUUGCCCAAGGCAAUGUGGCCAUAGAACAUGGCAGGCUCUUAGCGGCAGGCCACCACUCCAAACAAAAAAGGCUCAGCCUGUCAAUGGAGGAAGUCCUGAGGCAACAAAAAGGGCUUGGUGUCUUGGAGAGGCUGUGAGAAGGAAAGGCCACUGUGGCAGGAGCUCAGAGAAUGGGUAGAAGUAGAUGUGUUGGAGAUGGGGCAGAGCAUCUUAAGGCAUGUUAAGGAUUUGGGACUUAAGUCUGAUCCCAUGAGGGGUGGUAAGAUCUGAUUUGUAUGUUUCAAAGAUCACUUGACUGCAGAGAAACUGGAAGUAAUGAACCCAAUUAGGAAAACUGCCGUUAUCCAAGUUAGAGGCUACAGUGGUUUGGUCUAUAGCUGUGGAAGUGGAGGUGGGAAGAAGAAAUGAUUUGAGGGACAUUCAGGGGCAGAAUCAACAGGACUUGGGGGCCAAGAAUGAUGCCCAGAUUCCAGAUGCAUGGUGGUGCUGUGGGGUUAAGGCGUGAUGCUACAGUUCCGGGUAACCUCUUUGUUUAGCAGGAGCCCAGCCUGUGGCUAGGAAGCAUAGGGAGCUGAGUCCAGCCCCCCUGGGGAAGAGGAAACCCUAACCCUAAGAAAACCAAAGUGACUUGGGGGUAAGAAUAGGGUUCCAGGCAGAGCCCUGUUCCCUAGGACUAGGAAGGGAG